CUGAAAAGAGUUGUUGAUCCCUGACUCAAAUCUAGCUAUGCAUAUGUACUUAACGUUAUUGUCUUACACAGGUUUUUCAGUUCCAUUGUGGAAGGAAAUGGUACAUGGAACAGUACUAUAUGUUGCCAGGUGCAGUUUUGGCUUGCUUAGCCCACAGCCUGGGAGACAAGAGUAGCAUGGGAAAUAAACUGUACCUGUACACAUAGCUCUGCCACAUCAGGGUUGGAAACAUAGUUGCCACACGACAAUACUAUAUUGACUGCAGCUCUUUUGCAUAUAGCUUCAUUCUUCUGUAGUCCUGUAGUCUUCCAAAAACUGAGUUAAUCUGGAAGGAAUUAUAAUGGGUGGCUAAUUGGUGGUGGCACAAGAUUAUUUUUCUAAAUGGGGGGGGGAGGGCACAAGGUGGAUUGACAGGGGAACAGGACAAAAAAAAAAAUCCAGACUUGGGUUUAGUUACUGUGUUCAACAUCCCACCCUGAUGAGUCAAUAACCACUUGUAACAGUGAUGUACCCAGGGUCCCCUAAAGAAAGAAAAAGUGUAACAUGUUUGUUGAAUACAUGCCUGUCUACCAGGGCUGGUAGAUGUUCUAUCUCUUGGCUGCUUUUCUGAUGAGGCCUGAAGCUGGCAGGGGAAGAGGAUGCAGAAUACAGCAUUGUUGUGGACCCGCACAAGGGCAGCAGAAGCAGAAUGCUUUCUUUGGCUGACAGUCCCAAGAAGACAAGACUGUGGGCGUAUGUAGCUCUUUUGGUAGUAGAUCACGUGCUUCUAAUCUUAGUGUCUUCUGAAGUUUUUAAGCUAAACUGGUUUGGGUUUGGAUUUUUUUGUGUGGGUUUACUUUGAUAGAAGGACCAAAUAGUGAGAUAGUCUAAAGUGUUAAGGUAAUCCUGUAAAAUGUGGGAGUUUUGAAGGUAGGUGUCCUAUUUCCUUGCACCUGUACAAUCAGACAGCUAUAUUCUGAUACAUGUAGCAUUUAUAUGCCUAUAUAUAUUUGAUUAUACAGACUGUUCCAUUCUGUGUUUCUGAGUUUAAGCAAAACUUUAAAAUGUGUGUCUUGCUACUAAUUGCUUGCUGUUUUCAAAUCUUGUCAUGUCUACCUCCAUAAAUGCUUUAUUAGAGACUUUUAUAUGGUGUUAUUAACACUAGGGAAAUUUCCCAAAAUUGCAUGUAUAAUGAAGAUUAAAUUUGAGGGUAUUAAGGUAACUAAUGUGUGUCCUCACCUCUAAUCUGGAGACACAAGUUUCUUCUAAAUAAAUGCUGAUUUUCUGUUUUUAAAAUGAAGUUAUGAAAAUUAGUUUGCUUAUGCCUUGAUGGUAAAUAUUUAACUAAAUUCUAGCUGAUUGCUAUAUUCAGACAAUAAUGUAUGAAAUGCCAAUAAAUGAAAAUAUUGCUUUAGUAAACUAACCGAAUACAUACAGGAAGUAAACAAAGUACAUUCCUGAUUACUUUUUUAGGUAAUCUGGUUGUGUUCAGUACAGUUUUAAAAUUUUUAGCCCUUAAUGCCAAGUUCUGUUGCCAUCAUAGCUGUGGUGUGGGUGGAAGAGCCAAACCAGAAAUGAGCAGAUCUAACUGUAAGCUACUUUGCAUGUUGUCAACUGACUAUAAAUUGCAGCAGUCAUUGACUCAGCGGAACACGCUAUAUAAUUCAGGUAAGAGACUUGCCUAUUGCUGUAUCUAGCAACAGAUCUUCACUGAAUAUCAGUGUUUUUGUAAAUCACUUCUACCGACUGUUCAGUAACAGUGCUUCUGUAGCUUUUUAAUGAAUUGUGUUUAAUAUGAUAUCUUAUUAAAUAAGGUGUAAGAAAAAUGGAACAUUAACUUUUUUAAUACCAUUCAGAUAUUUUCAGGUAUUAUUCAUCAGUCUUAAAAUAGCACGUCUUGUUUCCUUGGAUUUCACUUUCAUCUGAAGAUUGGUGAGUCUCUAGCCUAAAAGGAAAACGAUCCUAACACUUGCAUUUUACACUUCAUGCAGGUAGUAGGACAGUAGAUAACUGUUUUGUGUAAUGCCAUUAUGCAGCAGAGUGUCAGUACUAAGCAACAAAUACUGCAAAUAUCUCUUCUUGAGGGAUUGUGUUGGUUUUGGUUUCUUACUCUGUAAUUAUGUUUUGCUGUGUGACAGAUUUUUUUCCUCAGACAAUAUUUUUAAGUUGUUAGCAGCAGUGUAAGUAGAAAAGGGAAAGAUGACUAUUUUCAUUUUGUAACGAGUGUAUAUGUUCAUCUCUGAUUUUCUGCAUGUAUAUUAAUGUAAAAUGGAUGUGUGUUCAGCGUACCUACAGAAGUACCUGUCUAAGAUGCGUGUGACUUUCUCUUGUCUAGCAGCAUGCUAUAAAUGAACUCUUAACUCACGGGAUUUCUGUUGUGAGAUCUAUGUGUGUUAGAGAAAGAGACAACACUAAAUACAGAGGCAUUUUGAUAGAAGAUGUCAUGAGGAUAGGUCCAUACUGAGUAAAAAUUCCCUCUGUAUUAAAUGUGGCAGAUAUGAAGUCAUUAGGAAAUGUUAAGAUAUCCCCAUAUCCUUGCAAAGGAUCAAAGGGGUCCCGUUUAUGUGAAGGAACCAUGGUCGGGACAUUAGAAGCUUUGUAAGGUUUUUGUGUGUAUGGAAUCUAGAUGUUUCUGGUAAUCUGUUUUAAUGUUCAGGUGUGUUUUCUAUUUUAAAGGGUGUAAUAUAACCUAAGUAUUUUAGACAGCAAUGUAUAGAUGUUGAACUGGAUGGUGAAUAUGAGCAUUUUCGGAUAGAUUCUGUAUAAGUAAGUAUUGGUUGCAAUCCAUGAGGAUGGAUCGCAGUAAUUCUUUCAAAAUUAACUAAUUACUUAAAAUUUAUUUUUAAGUAGCUAUUAGGUAACAAUCAUUACAGUUACGGUAAUAUUUAGCUGUUUGGUAAAUGAUAUUGGGAAGGCACUAUAAUGUAGCUUCCUAUAAAACACUGCAAGAUUGUCUUUCUAGUAAAUAUAUAAGGGUGAUUUGAGUAGUUACGUCUGCUGCAAUGCUGCUCUGAAGAGAGGGUAUGUCAUUUUAGUAGGCCAGUCUGAGUUACAGGUUUGUAGCAGUGCCCCAGCAACUGUGUGCUGUCCCUUCUUAGUAGAAUAAUCUAUAAUUGAAACAAUAUUAUUAGGACAUGAAUUAAUUAUUUCAUAAUCCUAUAUCAGUAGGAUUGUGUUUAGCGUUUCAUAUCCCUGUUUAAUCUGCAGGUGAGUGCAGAAGGAGCAUGAGGACCCAAUGAGAUGUCAGGUUUAGGAAAACUCAUCCUCUAAACUUUUUGUAAAACUUUAUGUAGAAUGGAUGUAAUACCUGACAGACAUAAAAUUGAGAUCCAUUCCCAGUACAAGUUUUCAGUCUACUUAAGAUUUUAUAGUGAAUGACACAUCAAGUGAAUCGAGAGGAAAAAAUAAUUUGUCUUUGAAGGCUUUUUGGUAUGGGUAGGGAGUCUGUUACUGGAAUUGCUGGAAUUGUAGAUUUUAAUUUUUUCAGGGAGAAGGGGAUGAAGAGAAUGCCUCAGAUGUUGGCCUGCUUUGUUUAUUGUCUGUGGAGAUGUAAGUUUUGGUAGAUUUGGAGCAAGCUAGACCUAUGUGGAGCGUGUGAAGGUAGAUUAUCUUCAUUUCUGAAUUUGGAAUGAAAGACUGCUGUUUCCUUUAAGAAGCUUUAGUGGCUUUAUUUUCUUAAAAUCUGUUGUGAAUUAUUUUAAUCAGUGUUGCUGACUUGUACUUUCUAGUAUUUUCAAAUGGGACAUUGCCUGCUCUAUGCAAUGAUCUUCCAACACCAUUCUGAAAUGUCACAAAAGCAUUAAAAGUCUCUCCUGGAAGAUGCCAGUAAUGCCAAGUAUUGGUAAGUCCAGGUGAGUUGUUUCUACUGUUCAGUAUGAGUUGUUUAAACUAUUAUGUAAUUAUGCAUUUCCAGGUUCAAUGCAGAACAUGAUGGAUGGCAAAAGCUACCAUAACCUCAUGGACAAGUUAUCCAUCUGUACUGAGACUCAGCACAUACCGCUGGCUAGGCCUUUCUGUGCUGACCCAGUGGUCACAUUUCACGUGUACCCAGAAACACCAAACCAGGUCACUUGCUCUGAAGAUUUGUCAUUCCUUCCUUUCAUGUCUGAGCAUCUCAUUGCGGAGAACUUCUACAGUGAGCCCUGCACCUUUCCUUACCAAAUGUCCCAUUCCAGUUACCACCGAAGUGAGUGCUCCUAUGGGCCUGCUUUCAUCAGAAAGAGGAAUGAGAGGGAAAGACAAAGGGUUAAGUGUGUCAAUGAAGGCUAUGCUAAACUGAGGCAUCACCUACCUAAGGAAUACAUGGAGAAACGGCUCAGCAAAGUAGAGACGCUCCGUGCUGCAAUAAAAUACAUUAGCUAUCUACAGUCUGUUCUCUACAGUGAUUCUGUGGUGGCAGAAAAAAAUGUAAUGGAACCAUGCCAACCACCUAAAGCAAUUAACAAACAAAACCAGCUUUUGAAGAAGAUCUAAACUGAGAAGCAGAUCAUAGCACGCAUCAGUAUCAGCCCACAGAAAAGAGUUUUGAUUUUGCAGAUAGUAACUACACUUAGAUACAAAAAAAGACAACUGGGGAAAUCUCAUCUGAAUGGCCUAAGUUAGUUAAUUUAUGGAAAUCCGAAAACAUUUCUAAAAUUGUCACCAAACCAAAAAUGUAAUACCUAUAUGUGUGAAGUAACUGUAUGUAUCCUAACAACCUGCAUGCUCUAAAAUAAAAUCUUCCCACUGAUGGGACUGAUUCUUCUCAUUUUCAGUAUUGUUACGGUUUACCCUCAUGCACUUUCUUAAAAGAUUUCUGGUCUAAUUACCAGUGUCUUUCUUAAAAGGCCUUUUUAAAGGUUCCCAGGAAUGUUGUUAGAUGUGGACAGAAAGAAUAGCUUAGUUUAAAAGGGGGAAAAUAAGAGGAGGGUAGCAGCUCUCUGAAGCAUGGUUACUGAGCAUGGGAAGAGCAUAAUUUCUUGCAAGUGCUAUUUCAUCCUUUUCUUAUUAAUUAAUAUUUUAAUCCCAUUAAAAAGUGUUGACUUAGCCUAAUUUCUAUUGAAAAUUGGAUUCUUUUCCAGCUGUCAGUGCCUGUAAAAAUUACAAGGACUGCUCUCGCAAUACACAGUAGGAAGAGGGUUGGCAAGGUCUUGGCCUUGGGAAAGAACAAAAUCCUGCAACCGAAAUUUUUCAGGACUUUCACUGAUAAUGGUUGAGGUCUGGGGUGGUCUUCCCUGACCUCCUGGUCUGUUCCUCUACUAUUGAUGGUUCAGCUAAAUGAUAUAGAAUAGAUAUAUGUGAACACGGUGAAGAGAGUUUAGCUUGUAACUAGCAAAGUGUUCUUAACAUUAGCUAUAUGUAAGGGAAUUGUAUUAUUUUAAAUAAUUCUGCUGACAACAUGACAGCAGGUAGUCUGUGGGUGCAGCAGAAUGUACAGAAAUACAGAAAAUGGUUACAGGCUUCCUAAGUGCUGUAUCCUUGUCCCUAAUAGCAACUAUCCCCUCUGUUAUCUUGUUUUUAUAGCAGUGAAUUGCAAAAUGCCUACAAAUUCCAAUUAAGUAUUCCUCCCCGCUCCCCCCUAAAAAAAGGAAAGAAAAAGUUAACAUUUAUUACGGAGAAAAUGAACUGUAGCCUCCUAUGAUGCUAUUUUUUUUGCCCAGCAACAGUAGGCAGAAAUCCUAAAGGACACUGCACCCACUUAUGAUCCUUCUCUGCCCCUGCAGUCCUUCAGUGCAAUAUCUAGAUCAAUGGGGAGCUGAAAACUGAGCAAAUGCGUGGCAGACGAACGGUCAUCUCUAUAGUCGCAUUCCACUGUUUUUUAACUGGUAAGGUCAGGGUGUCCAAUCCUGGUAGUAACGACUGUGGCAACCUCCGUAGCAACUAGGAAACACUGGCAGCAAAUGGCUUCCUGCGUCAAAGAGGCAAAAGGGCAGGAUUUGUGCUUUGGGACUAAAUCCAAAUUGACCAGAUGUAGUGUUAUCAAUAGCUGGUAAGUUUGAAACACUGCUGUGUCAAAUUAGUUGGAGUUAUCAAGGGGGGAAAAGAAAAAACAAACUCAGUGUUGUACAAUUGUCUUUGUCAGUGUUCUGUUUUAUACAGAAAUAGGGGACCUGGCUCUCAGCAGUAACAGUGCUGAAUGGGUUUAGAAUGUGCUUUAAUGUAGAAUUGGUAUUUGCAUUUCUUUGCAAAGUAUUACUGAUUCCAUCUUGUUUUGGUUUAUAAUAGGGGAGUUUGUGUAGCUGUGAAACAAGUUAAUAUAUUGUGUUGAUUUGCUGACUUAAAGAUGCAUUUUGCAUCAGUUAAUCCACUCCUCUUACUGGGUUUGGUGUUCUAGUUUUCUGAAAUUAUGUAUAUGUGGAAGUCCUCAUAAAAAGGACUCCCAGAUCAUAUCUCUUAGUUAAGAGAUAACAUUUAAACAUAAUAUGAGCACUUAAACUGUAUUUUGCAAAGUAAAUUAAGUACUUAAAAUUUAUGUUGAAUUUCCAUGCAAAUUUUCCCCUAAGCAUGCUAAACAUUUCUAAGCAAUAUUUAAAAAAAAAAAAAAGGCAGCUUGUCUACUAUAUCAUCAAUC